CGCGAGUUGAAAUGCUCUCCCAGAUUCCUGUGGAUUUAUGCGCAGACAUGCAGGCAUCAACGAAGACGUAAGAACAGGCAGUAAACAGUGAAGCAACAGCGCAGCUGCAGCAUGUUCAGAGCAGUGUUUGGAAACAAGAGAGACGGAGGAGGAAAACGAGGAGAAAAAAAGAAACAAAGACAUCAAGGUGGAGGCACCUUGCAAAGAGAGGGAGCCGGGCAUGCCACUCACUUCCAUGACAGAAACAGCGGUUACACCCAAAGCCCAGCAAACAGGAAGAGACUGACCAAGGGGGUGUCCAUUUCUUUACCUUCCUCCCCUCUUCUUCCACGCCCAGCUGACGUAGUUCCCUCACAGUCAUGCAUCAGGUUCACAGGACGGGUAAGGAAGCCGGAGUAUGUGGAUGGCUCUUCCAAUGCGAGAGAACCUCUUGUCUUUGCCUCGUGCCGUGGCAAGGCAGACCACAGAGACCUCCACGUGGAGCCCCAUUCGGGCUCCUCCCUUUCUACCCAGGAACUGAUGACCAGACUAUGCUUCUUAUUGGGAGAAGCAACGCCUGGCACUGCUAGCUCUCCUAUGGAGGACAGGAGGGAAAAGAAGUGUGAUUCCUCCGCUCAGGGGGGGAGUCCAAGCUCCACUCUGACCUGCAGCACCGCCUCCCCCUGCUCAGAGAGCCCCUCUUCCACCCUGAGCCACAGUGCAGGGGGCCAGCCUCUGUACCAGCCCUUACCGUUACCUUCACCGCACUGCAGCUCCAACACCAGCCCCAGUGGAACGCUCUCCCACCCUGUGCCCAGCCCCGCCCCUGGUUCUGCUCCUGGAUUCAUCACCGGGAACAGCCCUGGGCUUCCUUCUCAUAGCCCGACCUCCACCCUGGAGAGCAAAGACAGUGGAAUCAUAGCAACCAUCACUAGUUCCUCUGAGAAUGAGGAGCGCAGUGCCUCCUGUGAGGUCCAGACCAAGGAUGAAGGCUUGGACGGCAUGGUGGAACAUGCAAGCAAAGACCGCCACCCCGGGCUAACAAGGGACACUCUGACCGCCAAACAAAAUGAGGCCUUACCUAGGACUGACAUCAUGGAGCCCAGGACUCCCCCGGCUCCGAAAAGACCCCUCCCACAGCACCAUAUACACAGCACCUCCUCCCUUGUGAUGCCCCGACCAAAUUCUGUGGCAGCAACCAGCUCCACUCGCCUGGAGGAUUUGGGUUUUCUGGAGACCCAAAGGGCCGCUGGACACAGGAGCUCUGUUCGUAAACACAACACAGCUGGACGCACAAUUGAUGACUCCAAAGGUCGAUUGGUGCCAUUCAAACAAUCCGACAUCAUGCUAAAACCGUUGCUCUUUGAAGUCCCCGGCAUCACAGCAGAAACACCUUUCGUCGGGCGGGAUUGGCUCUUCACACGCUUGGAAGAGGUCCUGAGGAAAACGAGCAGCUGUGAGGGCCGCGGCGCUGUCAUUGUAGGUAAUGCAGGAUCUGGGAAGACGGCUAUCAUCUGGCGGCUGGUGACGCUCAGCUGCCAUGGCAUGCGCACGCCUCAGGGAGGUCCCAGCAUCCCUCACAGUCCCAGCUCCUCCCCCAAAUGUGGGGAUAAGCAGGGAAAAUCUGCCUCCAAACAGCCAGCCGACUCUCAGCCCAACCAGAGUGCUGUCGCAGGAACAAGCGAUUGUACGGCACAGAGGAAGGAGGCUGUCAGAUGCCUGGCUGCCAAGGUGGUUGCCUAUCACUUCUGUCAGGCUGACAACACUUACACCUGCCUGGUUCCUGAGUUUGUCCACAGUAUCGCCGCCCUGUUGGCCAGAGCACCACAGCUCACCCCGUACAGGGAGCUGCUGGUACAAGAGCCUCACCUACAAAACACACUCAGCCUUCGAUCCUGCGUUCAAGACCCCCUGGCUGCCUUUCGCAAGGGAAUCCUAGAGCCCCUAGCAAGCCUGCGAAAGGAGCAUAGGCUACCUGAUGAAGACUACAUCAUACUGGUUGACAGUCUUAAUGAGGCAGAAUUUCACAAACCAGACUACGGGGACACCAUCGCCACUUUCAUUACAAAGAUCAUCUCCAAGUUUCCAAUCUGGCUCAAGCUGGUGGUCACAGUCAGGACAGGCCUGGUGGAAAUCACCACCCUCCUUCCCUUCUCCGGCAUCUCUCUGGACAUCCUUCCAGACAGCAGUGAUCUGGGAGCUGACCUCAGUGACUACAUCCAUCACCGGGUCAGCAGCAGUACCCAGGUUGCCACCAACGUCACCACACCAACAGGCUCAGCUCCUGAUCAGCUGCUCCUCAGCAAGUUCAGUAGCCACCUUUCCACACGCAGCCACGGCUCCAUCCUCUACCUGCAGCUCACCCUGGAUCUGUUCCACAAGGGCCACCUGGCUCUGAAAGGAGGAAACUACCUGGUGGUGCCCGUCUCCCUGUCAGAGGUGUACCUGCUGAUGUGUCGUGUGAGCUUUCCGGAUGAAGAGGUCUUUGAACGAGUCCUUCCAGUGCUAAAUGUGGCACUGGCGUCUCUGCACCCACUGACUGAUGAACAAAUGUUCAGGGCGCUGAAUGCAGGCAGUGUGAGGGGGGAGCUGGAGUGGAAGGACUUCCAACAGAGAUUAGACAGCCUGGCUGGAUUCAUGGUAAAACGCAGGGAUGGCACACGGAUGCUGUGUCACCCAUCCUUCAGAGAGUGGCUGGUUUGGAGAGCAGAUGGAGAGAGCAAUGACUUUCUCUGUGACCCAAGGAGUGGCCAUGCUCUCCUGGCCUUCAUGUUCUCCAGACAGGAGGGCAAACUAAACCGGCAGCAGACCAUGGAACUGGGACAUCACAUCCUCAAGGCUCACAUAUUCAAGGGUCUGAGUAAGAAGACAGGUGUGUCCUCCAGCGUCCUGCAGGCCGUGUGGGUGAACUGCAGCACAGACAGUCUGUCCGCUGCGCUCGCCUCCCUGAGGAACCUAUACACACCUAACAUCAAGGUGAGUCGUCUGUUGAUGCUAGGUGGUGCUAGUGUGACUUGGUGUACAGAGGUGAUCGGACGGGCCCCCAUUAUGGCGGUCCACGCCCACCUGGGGCAUGUGGAGAUGAUAGCCCUGCUGCUUGAAAUGGGCGCCCCGGUGGAUGGGACCACUGACAGCGGCAUGACACCCCUGUGUUUAGCUGCUGCUGCAGGACACGCCGACAUCGUCAGCCUGCUCUGCAAGAAAGGGGCCAAGGUGGGCCAUGCUGAUAAGAGUGGCCAGUGUGCUCUGGUCCACGCUGGGCUGAAGGGCCAUGCAGAGAUCAUCAACAUCUUGCUGGUCCAGGAUUGGGUAGCAGAGAUCCCGGCCGACCCGCUGCAGCAGCAACACAGCAAUGAGACAGUGACCGAGAAAGCACAAGCAGCACAGCAAGCAGUUACGGCUGCAGCUAGUGUGGGACACACACAGGUGGUGAAGAGCCUGCUGGACUUGAAAGAUGAACAGCUGGCAGUGCAGAUGGACGCUCACGACUCUCUCUGGGGAGAAACGGCUCUGAGCGCGGCAGCAGGGAGAGGGAGGAUGGAGAUGUGUUUGUUUCUUCUGGAGCGGGGGCCAGGGCUGGAGAUAUCCAACCGCAGGGGCAUGGUCCCGCUGCUCAGUGCCACCAAGCAUGGACACACACAGGUGGUAGAGUUGCUCCUGAAACACGGUGCAGAUAUCAACGUCACAGACAAGCAGGGUCGCACUCCCUUGAUGCUGGCUGCUGCUGAGGGCCACACGAGCACUGCUGAACUGCUGCAGUUGAAAGGUUCUUCCCUGUCCUCGGUUGAUCAGGAGGGGCUGACUGCGCUGAGCUGGGCCUGUAUGAAGGGACAGAAAGGUGCAGUGCAGCUUCUGGUUGCAGCUGGUGCAGAUGUGAACCAACCAGACAGACAGGGACGGACCCCUCUCGACCUAGCUGCCCUCAACGGAGACGCAGAAACAGUGCAUUGUCUGGUGGAACAUGGAGCGGUGCUGGAGAGAGCCGACAACAACAGCGGCAGAGGUUCAGACCGGCCGACUGGAUGCCAGAACCCGGCUCUGGUGGCCUCGCUUCUUAAGAAGGGAUCCAAGACAGGCUACAGAACGGCUCCACAUGAUCGAUCAGGCCAUGCUACGUGGGCUAUGGCUUCCUCCAAACCAGACAUUCUCCUCAUCUUGUUGCAGAAGUUAAUGGAGGAAGGAAACUUACUUUACAAGAAGGGACGUAUGAAGGAGGCCGGCCAGCGUUAUCAGUAUGCCCUGAGGAAGCUCCCUCGUGAGGGGCAGGGAGAGGAGCUGAAAGGGCUCAAAGACCUGCGGGUCUCUCUCUAUCUAAACCUCUCCCGCUGCCGCAGGAAAACCAAUGAUUUUGGCAUAGCUGAGGAGUUUGCAACAAAAGCCCUGGAACUCAAACCCAGGUCUUAUGAAGCGUUUUAUGCCAGAGCACGUGCCAAGAGGAGCAGCAGGCAGUUUGCUGCAGCACUGGCAGACCUCCAUGAAGCAGCACGACUCUGCCCGUCCAACCGGGAGAUCCGUCGCCUGCUGAUUCGGGUAGAGGAGGAAUGCAAACAUCAUCAGAAGGCACUGAGCAACAACAUGGCACCGGGCUACAACAGGGACCCUCACACCCACCACCAUCAAGCCACAGAGGAGGAGACAGACGCUUUUUCGCAGGGAAGUCUGGAAAGGCAGACCCCUGCAGAGCAGACUGACACAGACAAGGAUGAAGAGAAGGAGGAGGAGGAUGAGGUGAGCCUGCAGUGUGGUAAAAGUCCGGAGUUUUGGCCUCUGAAUCCGUACGCUUCAAACAGGACUCUCCCUGGAGGUGUGGCCUUCGGUUUAACAGAUCAGUCGCCGUGUUUCCCUCAAGAGGAGUUUGUUCAGAACCCACUGUUUGUGGACCUACCGGAGCCUGUUCCCCUGAUAAACAGGCAGAACCAGAACCAGAGCAGCAGAACUCAUCACCACUGCCACUCCCUCCAGGCAGGGGGCAGAGUGGGAGGCAGGCCUCUCUCUCUGUGCGGCCCCUCCAGUCCUCUGCCGGGAAGACACAUCUCCACUUCCCUGAGACCUGCUGGGGUGCUAGGAAUCGACAUCGGCCCUGGAUCAAUUAAUGAGCAUUCAGGACACAGCCCGACUGAUCACUAUCACCCCAUGUCCCCCAGCAGCUCCUCCCCUCCUGGGCACCUUCAGAUGUAUCAGCCCCGCUCCUCCAGCUUCUCCAGGGGCUCUGACAGAUUCUCCACCCAUUCUGUGGCUCUGGAUGGUCUGGCUCUUGCUCUUGGGUCUGGCAUGGAGGUAAGGAGGGAAGGGGGAGGAGGAGGAACAGCAGGCUCAAGAGGCUCUAGCUCCAGUCAGGCCUCCAGCGGGAAUCUAUCUGACGGCGGCAGGCAGCAGUUGCCGGACGCUCCGUGCCUCAUCAAGAGCAGCGGCAGCUUCAAGACAAAACCUGAGCUAAAGCCCAGGCCCUUUAUGGGCGUUAUGGACAAAUCAGUGCGAGUGCAAGGCCAGCAAACCUCUGGCCUGGGCCGAGGAGGUGGUGGGGAGAGUUUCAGCUUGUCAGUGAUGGAGUUUCAAGGGUUCAACACUGAGUUCAAACGCGCUUCAUUCCAGGAACAGCUCUCUGUAAGUCAGGCUAACAGCCAGCAGCAGGGCCGGGACUUUGGAGAGCGGCUCCACCAGCGAGAGGCCAGAGGUUCAACAUCCUCCCAGCUACGCUUCCCUGAUGGGAGACACAGACAGGCGAGCCUGACGAGAGACAACCCUGCUCUGCAUAUGGCCCCCAUCAAACCCAAACGGUCAUUUAUAGAAUCCAACGUCUGAGUGAAGUUCAUUUACGCACUGCUGAGGCGGUUUUCAACAAAUUAUGUCCCACAUAAGGUAGCGAGGGUGACUGGUGUGAGCACAGCUCCCUUCUCUGAGCCUGUUUUGUAGAGUUAUGCUGCUGCACUGCAUUUACAAUCUAGAACCAGAGUUCAACUCAGGCUGCUAUGCUUUUGCUUACAUGUCUACAGCUACACUAGUGUAUUCAAGGAAACCAGACAUACCUUAAGUAGGGCUUUAAAAAAAUAAAUAGUAUAUUGUCUAAACUUUAAUUUAUUAUAUCAAACAUAGAAGUCAGACUAAGCUUUGUGCACGAAUAUAAAAAAAAAUCUCAUGCUAUUAGUUGCAAGAUAUGACCAUUUCUAUUGUAAUGUGUCUUUUAAAAAACAUUUAUAUUUGUACGGUGUACACUAUAUUUGCAGAUUAUAUAUUUCCCUGUUAGUGGAUAUCUGUCAGCAUUACAGGCUGUGUACUUGAGAUUCUUUUUCUUGGUACAUUUGAUAAAAAAGGCACUGUACAAGACAUUGUUGGAAACGUCUCGUCAUAAGCUAAUUCUGAAUUGACUGCUUCAAUAUUCACAGUAUAUGUUAUUUAUUUUUGCAUAGCAGAGAACGUAUUCAUAUGAAGUGUUUAUUUGGACGACAGUGGAGGAUAACAAACCUUAAGAGACCUCUUACAUCGCUGUAUGUCCAUCCUGGUCGUAUAACCUCUUCAGAGUCAUACAAUGGAUUACAGAAUGUUACCACAUCAUUACUGUGGUAUAAUAAAAUAUACAUGAAGGACUA